UUAAUUUAAAAUAGUUUAAGCAAUUUCAAACGCCUACUAACUUAUAUGAACAAUAUAGAUUUUUGUUUUCCCCGAAUUGUUCUGUUUGUAUAAUGAUUUAAGCGGCAUUUGUUUCUAAUAUAACCAAAUGCUUUUAUUAUUAUCAGAUAAAACAGUUGUUUUAGUUUCAGAUACAGUUCUAUUAUAUAUUAUGUAUAGUUUUAUGAUGUAGUAAAAAAUAUUAAAUAUAUUUUAGCAUAGAUAUAAAUUGAUGGGUUCCGACAUACGCACUGAUGCAACGAUGACAGACCGCACUGAAACACCGCGAGAAGAGAAUAUAGUAUACAUGGAUAUGGACUCUGGAGAUUCACGGAAAGAAUCCAUUGAGGGUUCAGAUGCAAUGUCGCUGCAAGGGGCCGGAAAUUCACAACAUAAUCACGUAGAAGAGGUUAUAUCUCGUAAUAAACCAAAAAAGGAUGCUAAUUUACAUGUUAUCCCACAAGACUAUGUUUAUACCCCUAGAGAUAUUACAGUCAUCGAAACAAUCAAGUCUGCCCCUAAGAAAACCCAAUUUGUGGACAUUGGAGAUGCCUUGUUAGCAAAAGACGAUUUGGAAUGCCUUAUAAAAAAUGACAUGUUCUUACAUGACGGUGUGAUAAAUGCUUACAUAUAUUGUAUGCUUGCUCACGAGCAUCUACAACACAGGGCGGGUGAAAAGGUACACAUUAUUAGCACGUUUGUAUCGGGCCAGAUAAAAGAAGACAGAGAAAGAGACAUAGACCCAUCAAAAUAUCGUCGCAUCGUGCGUCAUGUUAAUAGUUAUCUACAACAAGAUAUGUUGUUCAUCCCGAUUAACAUGCCGGGCUACCAUUGGUAUCUAGCAGUUGCCAACGCCAAAAAACGAGAGAUCCAAGUAUUGGACUCACUUGGUGAGAAUGUCAAACGCAAUGACCUUGCUACUACGUUAUUAGGGCUCGAGAAAUGGCUGAAACUUGCAGAGCAUAGUCCGAAGUUUAUCAAAAGUCAUAAGUGGCAUGAUCUCAAUGUUACAAAAUGGACGGUUGUAAAGCAAAUUCAGGAGGCAAUACAAACCGAUGGCGUAUCAUGUGGAUUGUUCAUGCUAAACUAUAUGGAAUACUGGACACCACAUGGACUGUUAGACCAGUUUAGCAGGAGGAUAUGA